CGCAGUGUCAGGUCGUGUGUUGUGAAACACAGUUAGUUAUUCUCACAGUCACAGUAUGUGAAAUCUGUUUGGAUAUAAAAUUAGGCGUUUUUAUAAAUAAUAUAAAUGCGGUACUAUUUACGAACAUGUCACAACGUUAGCGGUUGAAUCUGGUGAUGAAGUUUAACGUUACCUGAAUGGCAUUUUAAGCAACUGUCUCAAACCAGAAAAAGGGAAAAUGCUUCCAGCUACAUGGUCACGACUGUCCUGCAAGGCUUUGCCCAGCCGAGGACACAGGACACUGAGUCUGUUCUCGAGCUCAGGACCUUCACACUGGAGUAAAGUGGUCUCCGACGCAGAGAAGAUCGUCGGAUAUCCUACCUCCUUCAUGAGUCUUCGCUGCCUGCUCAGUGAUGAACUCAGUAAUGUUGCCAUGCAUGUCAGGAAGCUGGUCGGGACCCAACACCCUUUACUCAACACUGCAAGGGGGUUUGUUUACGACAGCAGGAACAACCUUCAGAUGAGGGGACUGAUCGUACUACUUCUGUCGAAAGCCGCCGGGCCGAGCCACGCAGCCUCUGACCUCCUGGCUCAGGACAUGGUCAGCGGCAUCUACCCCAGCCAGCGGAACUUGGCAGAAAUCACUGAGUUGAUCCACACAGCGUUCCUGGUUCAUCGUGGGAUCGUCAAUCUGAAGGAGUGGACAGUUUCAGAUGGCCCGCUGAAGGACAUGCAGUUUGGGAAUAAGAUGGCUGUCCUGAGCGGCGACUUCCUGUUAGCGAAUGCUUGUACCGGACUUGCCCAACUAAAUAACACCAAGGUUGUUGAACUGAUCUCAAGUGCCAUCGGUGAUUUAGUUCAAGGAAUAUACUGUGAGAAUUCCAACAAUACUGAGGAGAAUGGUCUGACCGAUGGCGUCGACGUGGCGACGUGGGAGGAGCAGACGUUCCUGUCCCACGGGGCACUGCUGGCCAAGAGCUGUCAAGCUGCGAUGGAGCUUGCCAAACACGACAAGGAGUCUCAAAGAUUGGCCUACAAGUACGGCAAGCACCUAUCACUGGGCCAUAAGCUGAACUCUGACCUGCAGCCGUUUGUGAAGAGCAGCGUGGGAGAGCCGGUGUCGUUCAGUUUGAGCGCUGCCCCGGUGGUUUUCCACCGUCAGAUCGUUGGCCAGGAGAGAUGGCAUCAGCAGCUGCAGCAGGUAAAAACACUGAGAAACCAACUAGAUUACUCCCAGCUUUUGGCAGCAGUUAAGUCGGAGAAUGGCGUCAGCUCAGCGGUGGACUUAUGCUGUUACCAUGGCAACAAGGCUCUGGAGGCCAUUCAGGCUUUCCCCUCCUCCGAGGCUCGAUCCGCCUUGGAGAACAUCGCCUCCACCAUCACCAAAUUUUGACCUGAUCUCACACACACACACUCCUUCUUCUAAAUGCCUGGAGUAUCUUUGUCAACAAGGACAAGAACCACUGAACAGCUGACACUAGGUGCUACCUCGUGUCUGGAGGAACUGUUCUGAUCUGUUGUGGAUGUCAGUGCUUCAGAAUUGAAAAGGCUAUAUCCAUAAAUGGUCAUCAUUGAAAAAGGAAUAAAAACACAUUACUUCAGCAUCAUGUCAUGUGUUGUGUUGCCCCUAAUACAUACCCUUCCAGUCCUGUGUGGAGAAAAUAUCACGCCAAGCUGCAUUUUAAAACCUGGCAGUUUAUUGUUACCUUGCUUAUCAGCUAAGGCACAUACCAGGCAGAACGGAAUUUAAGAUGUUUUGAGGAAUUGCUAUUGUCAUCUGGAAAAUGUGCCAUGAACAGAAAAUGAUGCACCAAGCAGCACUUAUUCUAACAAAAUUAAAAUUUUUAAAAAUCGGUUCACCCUGCUCGUUACUGCCGAUGAUGCUGAAAUCAUAGCUGCUGGAUGUAGUGGGUGUUUGCCAAAUUGAAGAGCAACUCCAAACCAGUUGUUAAAAUGUCUCAAAGUCAUGUUCUAGCAGGUAUGUGCCGCUGCUGAUAAGCACAGCUGCAAAAAAUAUGCUUUUUUUAUGGUGUUUGGCGAGAUAUCCUCUCCACAGAGGGGGGGGAAUGGCAAGAAUCAGGAGUAAUGUCAUCUAUGUUGCCUUAUUAUGUCUGUCCCCAUGCCUGUGCAUGUGAUCCAAGUCAACCCUGGGGUGGGGAAAGGUCACACAGCCUCUCCCCUUGGCCCAGCCAGCGAGCGCAUUGAAGCUCAGCCAAGCAGUAAUUAUUAAUGAAGAGACCUGAGCAAAUGGACAGGAAAUGCAGAGGUAUUGAUUGGGCCGGCUGCCCUGCUCCAAGCUGUACAGGCUGGCGCCAGCCUGGUGGCCUGUGGUUUCCCAGGCUGCUGUCUGCAGAGGGGGGGACAGCCAAGGUGUGAAACCAGGCCACUGCUGGCAGCUGUCUGUCACAUCCAGGCCACACCUGAAGGACAGAGCACAGGAGACAGGACGAGGGUACACAGUCAACAUAGAGGAUUCUGUGUAAUCUGACAGAACAGCAGCACACAUUGGUAUCACAUGACAACAUGUCUUUGAGACUUCAAAAUUUGCAUGAAGAAGGAGUCCUCUGCUCGAACUGCCCAUCUGCAAGUAAUGGUUAAAUAUAUGAAUUACAAAAAGAGAGAUGCCUGAAGAAGAAGUUUCAUUUUAGGGUGCUGUCACCUACUUUAAAUGACAGGAAACCCACGCCGAACAUAACCUAAAUGGUGAAACACAACCACUUCAUGUUGCCAGCAAUGUGCGUCCGUCUGUUGGACCACCACUUUGGUCCAGACUGAAAUAUUUCAUUCACUGAUCCCAGAGGAUGCAUCCUACUGACUUUGGUGACCCCCCCGCACUACCAUGAGGUUGACAUUUGUGGUUUUGAGUAAAAUGUCUCAACAGCUGUCAGAUGGAUUGCCAUGAAAUUAAGUACCGACAUUCAUGUCCCACUCAGGACAAAUCAUAUUAACAACCGCGAUGCCCUAACUUUUCAUCUAGCGCCAUCGUUCGGUCAAAUGUUUUCAUUUGUCCAACACAACCCAACUUUGUAGUUUAAGUUGCAUUUAAGUUUCACCACUUAAAGCUAAUUUUGGUCCCUUCUUGUCUGUAAAACAAUGAUUCAUAGAUUGAAAAAUGUUAGCUUAUUAGGUUAAGAAAAGCAUUCAAAUAUUACCCGCUGCUAUUCACUGGGACUAUUGCUCUUGUUUACAGUCAAUGAUAAUUAUCUGAUCAGAUACCUCAAUUAGUACCAUCAUACCAUGUGAGGCAGAGCAGUAGUGGUGGAGAAAGUACGAUGAGGGCGAAAAGUGGAUGAGGAAGAAACAGAAGGGUGAAUGAGGGGGAGGGGAGAAUAUAAAAGAAGAAGGUGGGGCUGAAGUGCAAGAGAUGGCAAUGUGGAGUGAAGUAUUUCGAAAACAAGCUCCUGUCUGUUGCUCGGUUGUAUGUCCACUUCCUCUACAGUUUUGGUUUCCGCUGUUUAGGCUUCCUGGGUACAGUGAGGUACGGCAUGUGCCAGGGAAAGCCUCAGGCUCUUCAUGAAAUAUUUAUCCUUGCCGUGAGGAGACAUGAGGAAAGUUACAUGGAAAGUUAAAAGGACCAAACAAGGAAGGAGGCUGGGGCACUGCCAGAAUGACAAAUAUAGUUACUGAACAGAACUUUUUCAGAAGAUGAGGUCUGGCCUAAGCAAUGAAGCUCUUGCAUAGACACUCCCAGUAGAAAUCACCUGGGCACUGCAGAACAGGAUUUGAUGGGAUGAGUUUUUUUGUUUUCAUCUUCAAAAGGAAAACAGAGUUCGUCCAGCUAAAUGUUUAAUGUAGAACAGAAAUUGUAGCCUUUUUUCUUCCCUGACAACAUUGUUACUGCCAGCAUUAAUCUUUUUGAUAUCUCCUGCGUAGUCCAAAUGAAGAGCAGAACGAAGGUGGAGAGAAAUUUGUCAGCUUUAUGUCCUGCACAGCAGAAACCUGACUCCUGUGUUUGCUUCCAGUUUGAGAGACUUGGGUAUCAUGAAAGCAAGAGUUGGCAAGACUAUAAGUUUACAUGCAAAACAUGAAGUGGGUAACAGCGGCCUUAGUGUGCCCGGCCCAGACGAUGAGUGGUGUAAUUACAGCAGGGUCCAGUGGAGAGAGUCGGUCAGCACAGAUUCCAUUACACACUCGCACAUGCUGCACAUACACCCACACUUCCAAACACCUCUGUUGGUCCCGGGGACAGAGCGACUGUCAGCUUGUGAGUUUAACAGAAACGAUAGUGUUCUUGGAACUUGGGAAUGUUUUAUAUAACUUUUUUUUUACUUUUUUGUUGCCAAGUUGUAAACUUCACACUGGAAUGAUUAUUAGAAAAACCCUUCAUUAAUCACACUUAUAAACACGUGCAUACAUUUAUUAACAGAAAGUGUGAAACUUUAAUGGAUUGCCAACAUUUAGAACUGCCAUAAUUACGAAACAGAGGAUAAUGCCUGUCAAAGGAUUUUUAACAUCUUGCCCACUUGUUCUUAAGGACUUCUGAUUUAUUAAUCAUUAAUAAAGCCUUUAGUUACUACUUA